CCACCAUCGUCUCCAAACCCCUCCCCUUCUUCUCCUUUCCGUUCUUUUUGAUGUAACGCCCUUCCAUUCUUAAAGUUUUAUGACAUUCUCUCCCGCUGUAUCCUCGGGACCCUCGCCGUGCCGGUCCUGUCAAAAAAAAAAAAAGAAACAAAAAGAAGGCCCACCCUUUACGAAGAGAAUCUAAAACUCUCUUUAGAGCAACCACGAGGGGUCGUGGAAGGGGAAAGGGAAGAAGGGUGAGAGAAGGAUGGUGUUCAAAGGCCGGUUCUUCUCGUCGAAGAAGUCGGAUUCCUCGAGCCCCGAGGGAUCCAAUAGUCCGAGGACGCCGGCAUUCGAGUCGCCCUCCAGAUCCGAAAAGAAGAAGGUCAAAUUGGACCUCGCUGUCGGAAGCCACGCCCUCAUCAAGGACGCCGUCAAGAACCACCGGCGAAAGGAGGACAAGAAGGACAAGGAGCGGGAUUCCAAGGGCAAGGAAACCGCCGCAGCCGCCGCCCUCUCCGCCCCGGCCAAGGUUCGGAAAGGGGCGGCAGCCAAAGACGGCGGGGCGGCGGCGUCGUCGCUCUCCCCGAUCCUCGCCUCCUCGCUCGGGUUGAACCGGAUCAAGACGAGAUCCGGCCCGCUGCCGCAGGAAGGGUUCCGCGGGGACCACAGGAUCUCGGGCCUUGGCAGCAGCAACCUCUCCAGGGGCCACGUCGAGGGGGGAUGCUCGACUUCGUCGUUGGCCGGGAAGGACGACGGUGGUAGGGCGAAGAAGGACGAGAGGGCGCUCUACACGGUUCUGGAGUCGUGCGCCAGUUCUUGGGCUGAUCAUGGGGGGAGCCGAGCCAAGGAGAGCCUCGAUGUUCAACUCGGGAGCCAGAUUUGCAAUGGCGAGCAUUCCAAUGUUCGAAUUGGGAAAACUAACUCAUCAUGGAAUCAUCCUGAAGAUUUAAAAUGUUCUGCUGCUUUCACUCCAGAAGUCGAGACUGCAUAUGAUGCUUGUGAAACUCCAAAAGAUUCUGAAUGUCCCCGCUUUAAAGCCAUAAUGCAGGCUACUAGUGCACCUAGGAAGAGGUUCCCUGCUGAUAUAAAAAGUUUUUCACAUGAGUUGAACUCGAAAGGAGUACAACCAUUUCCAUUCUGGAAGCCACGCAACAUCUACAAUUUGAAGGAGGUGUUGAAAGUCAUUCAGGUGAAAUUUGAGAAAGCAAAGGAAGAGGUGAACUCGGAUCUGGCAAUUUUUGCAGGGGAUUUGGUUGGCAUAAUGGAAAAAAGUGCAGAAAGCCAUCCUGAAUGGAAAGUAACUUUGGAAGAUCUGUUGAUACUUGCUCGGAGCUGUUGUGUCAUGAUGCCUGGGGAGUUCUGGCUUCAGUGUGAAGGCAUAGUUCAGGAUUUGGAUGAUCACCGUCAAGAGCUUCCUAUGGGAGUUCUGAAGAAACUUCAUACCCAUUUGCUUUUUAUCCUUUCUCGAUGCACAAGAUUGCAUCAGUUCCACAAGGAAACUGGUCUUGCUGAGGAUGAAAUUGCAAUGGAUCUUCAAGAUCCUAAAAUCAUCCAGGCUGCUGAUAAAAAGGUUGCAUUAGGAUCAGGAAGAGAUGGAGAAAACACAAAGAACUCCAUUAAGGCUGCUGCUUCAAGGAAGUUUUGUAGUCAGGAGCAGCGUAACUUAAAAUUGAAAAGAAUCCAAGAAAUAAAACCUGACAAUUUUUCUUCAGUAUUUAAUGCUGACAUUGAAAAGGAUAUGGAUUUGGCUGCUAGUGGAGGACGGAUAGCUUCUGGGAAACCUCUCCCUUCUCCUGCAGGAAAAGUCCAGAAAGAAGCGAGCCCUGUCAAGGAUGAAAUAUCCAACAGAAAAGUGGAUUCUUCAGAGAUAUUAAACAAGAGUCAAAGUUCAGAUGCAGACUUGACCGCGGUAAAUCCUCCUGAGUUACCCAGUUCUGGUGAUUCUUCUGUGUGCCCAUCAGUUCCUUCCAAACAUCAACACAAAAUUUCUUGGGGUUACUGGACGGAUCAGCCUAAUAUUCCCGAAGAGGGUUCAAUUAUGUGUCGAAUUUGUGAGGAGUAUGUUCCUACUCUGUGUAUGGAGGAUCACUCAAAGAUUUGUGCAAUUGCAGAUAGGUGCGAUCAAAAAGGUUUGAGUGUUGAUGAACGCCUCAACAGAAUUGCCAAGACUCUAGAGAAGAUGAUAGAGGCAUACUCACAGAAGGAUCCCCCCGAUGCAGUUGGAAGCACAGAUCUGACAGAAGUUUCUAAUUCAAGUGUUAAUGAAGAAUCUGAUCUCCUUUUUCCAAAACAUUGUGAUUGGUCUCGGAGAGGAUCAGCUGAUAUGCUUGAUUGUUUCCAGGAGGCUGACAACUCUAUUUUCUUGGAUGACCUGAAGAAUUUGUCAUCAAUGAAAUGUAAGACACGUUUUGGUUCAAAGUCUGAUCGCGGAAUGGCUGCAUCAUCAGCAGGCAGCAUGACUUCUCGAUCUCCUUUGAUGACACCAAGAGCCAGUCACGUAGAGAUGCUUUUGGCAAGGAAAAAUGCAGCUUCCGAGAGUGAAGAUCUUCCACAGAUAGUUGAACUUGCUGAUAUUGCUCGAUGCAUUGUAAAUACUCCAAUGAAUGAAGAGCGAUCGGUGUUGUAUUUGGUUUCCUGUGUAGAAGAUUUGCAAGAAGUCAUGAACCGUCAGAAGUUUGAGGCACUUACAGUGCAGACAUUUGGCACACGCAUAGAGAAGCUUCACCGGGAUAAGUACCUGCAGCUUUGUGAUUUACUUGAUACUGAAAAGGUUGAUGCACCGAGUGCUGUAAUGGAUGAAGAAGAGGAUGUGGUUCAUAGCUUGCGAGCAAGCCCUGUUCACCCUACAGUCAAGGAUCGAACAUCUAUUGAUGACUUUGAAAUUUUAAAACCUAUAAGUCGUGGGGCAUUUGGUCGGGUUUUCUUAGCCAAGAAGAGAACAACGGGGGAUCUCUUUGCUAUAAAGGUCCUAAAAAAGGCGGAUAUGAUUCGCAAAAAUGCUGUUGAGAGUAUAUUGGCUGAACGUGAUAUUCUAAUCACAGUUCGGAAUCCUUUUGUGGUACGAUUUUUUUAUUCUUUCACAUCUCAAGAGAACUUAUAUCUAGUGAUGGAGUACUUGAAUGGAGGGGACUUGUAUUCAUUGCUGAGAAAUUUAGGCUGCUUGGAUGAAGAAGUUGCCCGCAUAUAUAUUGCAGAAGUUGUCCUUGCAUUGGAAUACCUCCAUUCCCUGCAUGUGGUGCAUCGGGAUUUAAAGCCAGACAAUUUGUUGAUUGCUCAUGAUGGUCAUAUUAAGUUGACAGAUUUUGGACUUUCGAAAGUUGGUCUUAUCAACAGUACAGACGAUCUAUCUGGUCCUGCUGUCAGUGGGACAUCAUUAUAUGGGGAGGAUGAACCUCAGGUUUCUCCAUCUGAGCACUUGAAGCAGCGAGAACGGCGGAAGAAACACUCUGCCGUCGGUACACCUGAUUAUUUGGCACCGGAGAUCCUCUUAGGAACAGGACAUGGUGCAAGUGCAGAUUGGUGGUCUGUUGGUGUUAUUCUCUUUGAGCUCAUUGUUGGAAUUCCACCAUUUAAUGCAGAACAUCCUCAGACAAUCUUUGACAAUAUUCUCAAUCGUAAGAUACCUUGGCCCCGAGUACCUGAAGAGAUGAGUUUCAAAGCCCGAGAUCUAAUUGACAAGUUUGUUAAAACUGACGCAUACUUGCUGUAUAAGCCUAUCACUUUUCUUGCUGAAAGUUUCUCUAGAUUAUUGACGGAAGAUCCUCACCAAAGGCUUGGGGCCAAAGGAGCAGCAGAGGUGAAGCAACACAUAUUUUUUAAAAAUAUUAACUGGGACACGCUUGCCAGGCAGAAGGCUUCCUUUGUUCCCUCAUCAGGUAGUGCACUUGAUACUAGCUACUUCAAUAGCCGUUACUCCUCAAAUCUGUCAGAUGAAAACAUAUAUGAAACCAGUGAGUUUGAGGAUUCCAGUGACAAUGGAAGCUUUGGUGGAAGCAGUAGUUGUGUAAGCAAUCAUCAUGAUGAACAAGGCAAUGAGUGUGGAGGUCUUGCUGAGUUUGAAUCUGGCUCAUCCAUCUAUUAUUCAUUCAGUAACUUUUCGUUCAAGAAUCUGUCGCAGCUUGCAUCAAUUAACUAUGAUUUGCUCAGCAAGGGUUGGAAGGAAGAUCAAGCAAUAAAAUCUAAUUCUUAGAGUUGCCUUCCUGUUGUGAAAGUUUCCAUUGUACAUGUGAGCCAGACGCUUAAGGAUCUUGAUGGUCUCAUUGUACAGCAUGUAAAUAGAAAGAAGCUUGAGGCUGGAACUCCAGGGGUGUGCUUUUCCCCCUACAGGCUACUGCUCCAGUGUUGGAGCUGCCUACCAUUUUAGCAGAGCCAUUUGAUUUUCCUUUAUUUCCUAUGGUAAAUUCUAUCGUCAGGUGGGUAUGACCAUUGGUCCUUGGCCUUCCGAUGGAACAUACAUGUUUCCUGGGCUUGUGGAUCAGAUUUCUUUUUAUCCAUCAAUGCCCCUUGAAACUAGUUGAUAUUAUUUCCCCUUGUGACUUAUUUAACUGUUGUUUGUUUUGAAUGAGAGAGACCAAGCAAAAUGGCUCCUGAACGUUGACCA